AAUUAAAAAAAAUUUAAAAAGUUUUACGCCCUUCGGCACUUAUAGCUAGAAAUGGAAAGAGGCUUUGAAGGUGUGAACGAAAAAGGUAAUGUCCUACGGGGCAUUUUCAAGGGGCCUUCUCCUUUAUGUCCUUUAAAACUAAGAAAUAAGAUAAUUAUUAUGGUCCACGGUCUUUGUUCUUCAAAAGAUAAUAAUAUAUUUACUGAACUGGCUAACAUUCUUCCUUACCCUUCUUUAAGAUUUGAUUUACGUGGUCACGGGGACAGUGAAGGUCUUCGAAGGUAUGGCUCCUAUGCUGAGGAUUAUCUUGACUUACAAUGUGUUAUUAACAAGCUAUUAAAGGAUAAUAUUGAUAAUACUUGUGGUAGUAAUUUUAAAAAAGCUGGAGGAUUUACCGUCUUCUGUCUGAUCGGCCAUUCUAAGGGUGUCGCUUCUGUCCUUCGCUAUGCUCUGAAGUGUACUGAAGAAAACAUAGAGCCCCUUCCUCUCAUUAUUAACAUUGCCGGUCGUUUUGACUUUACGAAGACGCCCCAUCAGAGAUUUAGUCAGCAACAAAUUAGUGAGUUAAUUGCUAACGGCUCCUUUUUAUGGGGUUCCAGAGGUUGCAACUACCUUAUUACCAAACAAGAUCUUUUGGACAGGGAACAAAACAUCCAUUUUAUGCAAGAGGAAUUGAGAAAAAUAAACUGCCAAGUGCUAACUAUACAUGGUUCUAAAGAUAACACUGUCCCCGUCCUGGAUGCCCAUAAAUUUCAUAAAGAGAUUCGCUGUCAUACUUUAGAAAUCAUUGAAGAUGCUAAUCAUUUUUUUACUAACAAAACGCACGCAAAUAGGUUAGGGCUUAUAACAUUGAAGUGGUUGAGUAAAAAGAACACUAGCUUUUUUCAAUCUGCAACUAUGAGUGAAGAAGAACAAGUUUAUUAUUAAUUUAGCCAGUAGCCCAUUAAAUUUUUUUUUAAAGU